GGCGGACUUAAACGGGAGCAAAGGAAGUGGCUUGCCUUUCAAGCGGAUAAUGGCACGGGUGUUGGUGGGGUCGGUUUGCAUGUUGCUAGAGUCGUACUUAGCCCGAAAAAAUAUAAGUUUCUCCUAUUUCGUACAAUAUUAGAGGAAACUCGUCGAUUUUUAUGCCUUAGAGUGCCUGUGACGUUCUGGGAAGCCUAAUAUACGAGUCUGGAAAGCCAUUGUAGGAACGUGGGGUUUUUUUGGGGGGGGAGGGGGGCUAAAACUAAAUCAGAUAUCGGCUGACUGGCUUUGGACUCUCCUCUGAAUAUUCGCUUCUCUGUUAGCUCCUUCGGUUUUUCCUGCUCGUAUAUGGUCUGUGAAAAUGUUCCGUUUUAUACAACAAUGUGGUUUCCAAAUUCCUUCCAAGAUAAUUCAUCUUCAAAGGUUUCUGCAGCCUAGGAAUAACUCUUGUAGCUUUCCUCUUGAAUACCAUCGGAGUUUCCUGUCAAAAUUACAGCUAUCUAAAAAGGCAUCUUUGUGUACAACUAAGAUCCAGGGAUUUCAUUCAUCUGCUUGCAGCUGGAAGAAAAAAAGGCCUUCAGAAUCUACAUCUGAUAAGCAGCAUGCUCCACUGUUUGACUUGGCAUCACUCAAGGACUCUCCGAAGCCUGCCAUUUAUGUAGCUGCUUCAGUAUUAUUUCCAUUUGUUUCAGUGCCAUUAGUAAUGGCUAUCCAAAAAGCCUCUUACCCUGAGUUGGCAUUUGCUGAAAUUGCAUAUGCUGCCUCUAUAUUGUCUUUCCUAGGAGGGAUCAGGUGGGGAUUUACUCUUGUAGAAGGAAGUCCUGCAAAACCUGACUGGCUUAAUUUGGGUAACAGUAUAGUUCCUUCCUUAAUAGCCUGGAUUACCUUGCUUUGUAAAGAUCUCACUUCAGCUGGAAUCAUGGUUAUCAUAGGUUUAAUGAUAGCCCUGAAUAAUGACUUGGUCCUUCUUCCCACCUAUCCCAACUGGUUUAAAGCCUUGUUAGUAAUUUUAACUAUAGUGGCUGCGUUUGCUACCUGCGUCACAUUAAUUUAUGUGAAUUUCUUUCCUGAACGAUAUCUAAGUUUUAAAUUAGGGGAAACAGAAGAUUCUAAGUAAACACACACAGAAUGACGAGCCUUAUGGGAGAAACAAUACAGAAUGGAAAUAAUAUUCACAAUGCAUGAAAUGAACUUGGAAAAUUAUUGGAACAGAAAACAAUAAAUGAAUUAUCUAAUUCAUUAAAUUUACAACACUAGCCAUAGAGAAGCAAAUUAGAAAGGAGGGUAGGUGCUGAACACUGAUAGAUGAUUUUUAGAUUACUUGGUUUUAAUUGUGUGGCUUUAGUGGAAUUUAGUUUCUCUUAAUUUUUUUAAUCAGAUUUGGUACAAAUAUAAACUAAUUCACAGCAUUAUUCUUGGAAAUUAAUUCUGGGUAGGUCAGCAUCAUGGUUAUGUGAAGCAUGUAGACCAAUGCUUCACUUUAAACCUGGCAGCACGUCCUCUUGAAGUCUCAGCGCAGCGGUUUUAAUGGUUUUCCCGUUCUGUCUGAACAUGUGUAUACAUGCAUGCAAUGAAUACUUCUACUGGGAUUGGUGUUUUAUUACUAACAAAUAGUAAUGAAAGCAGUAAGAUAGUUUUGAGGAAUUUGGAUAACAAACAAUUGUUUCAUUGAUUUGAAAGAAUAAUUCUGGGCCAAAGAUAUUUGGGUAAUAUGUUCUAAAUAUUAUCUCUACUAUAGAUCUACUGCUACCAACAGAUAAUAUAUCAUAUUUUACAUUAAGCAGUUUUUAGAAGUUUUUAACUUCUUGUGCUAAAUGUUGGAUUGCUAUUUGCUGAAUUAACAAAAAAACCAGUAUAAACAAUUCCUUUUUUUAUAAAAAAUAUUGUGAGAAAGAUUUAAGAUUACACUUGAGGUUUAAGA